AUGGCGUCCAAAGAUGGAAUUCAGGAAGGGUCAACUUCUCAGGCAGUCGAAAAUUCAAUCGAGCCUGCUCAAGAGGAUCGAAUUGAAACGGUGCCCAAAAUUCAAUUUGCGGACCAAAAACCUUUUGUGGACCAAAAACCUACUCGUGACGCUAACGAGAAAACAAAAAGUGAUAACGAGAAAACCAAAAGUGAUUCACAGCAAAAGAAGCAGGUCGACAUUGAUGAACAUAUGUUCUCACCAGAUGUGGUCGCCGAGCGUUAUCACGUAAAUAUAAAUACUGUUAAACCAUCAGAUUCUCGUGGUUUAAAUGAGAAUCAUGCUCGUGAUUUAUUGAAUCAAAAUGGACCCAACGUUCUUACACCUCCAAAAAAAAAACAUCCUAUCAUAAAAUAUCUGGAAUGCCUUUCUUCUCUUUUCAAUAUCCUAUUAAUUAUCGCUGGUAUUCUUAUGUAUAUUUUAUUUGGUAUAGAUCCGGUUGAUAAUCAAUCUAUGAGCUAUCUUGGAGCUGUUUUAAUAGGUGUCGCUUUUUUAAACGCGUUCAUUGAAUUUUAUCAAUUACAAAAAUCUGCUGCAAUUCUUGAGUCAUUUUUAAACUUGAUCCCACAAAAAUGUCACAUGAUUAGAGAAGGGAAACUCACACAUAUUGAAGCCUCUAACCUUGUUCAAGGUGAUGUUGUUUUCAUAAAGAUGGGCGACAAAGUUCCCGCUGAUUUGUUCAUUUAUGCAGCUACAGACAUGAAAGUGGACAACUCUUCACUGACAGGUGAAUCAGAGCCGCAGGAACGUACCAAUAAAAAUACACAUGAGAAUCCAUUUGAAGCUACUAAUUUAUGUUUUUAUGGUACUCUGGUUGUAUCGGGUGAAGGCUAUGGAAUUGUUAUUCGUACUGGUGACCAUACAGUAUUGGGUCAAAUUGCUGGUCUUACCGCUUCUGAAGAAAAAAAUAAGUCUCCAUUGGCACAAGAAAUUGAAAAUUUUGUGAAAACAAUAGCCACAAUUGCUAUAAUUAGCGCCAUUAUAUUUUUCGGAGUAGGUCUAAAAGUUAAUGGAAAUAAUGUUCCCCUCACAAUCAGUUUUGCUAUUUCUGUACUUGUUUCCUGGGUGCCUGAAGGUUUACCAGCCACUGUCACUGUACUUUUAACCAUUGCCGCUAAAAGAAUGGCUUCACGAAAUGUACUUGUUAAAGAUCUCCAGGGUGUGGAAACUCUUGGUGCUAUUACUCUUUUAGCUACUGAUAAAACUGGUACACUAACUCGUAAUCAGAUGACAGUGACUUAUAUCUGGGCUUCACUAAAUUUAAGUAGUACACUUCGAAAUGCGCAAAAUGAGUCCCUUUUUGAUAUAAAUUCACCCGGAGUUCAAGAAAUUAUUCACAUUUCUUCACUUUGUUCUCGUGCAAAAUUUGAUCGUGUUGAUGUUCCAGUUAGUGAGCGUCAAAUUCUUGCAGAUGCUACAGAAUCUGGGUUAGUUCGUUUUGCAAGCAGUCAAAUCGAAAAUUUUGAUGACUUCUUAAAUGAAAAUCCAAAAGUUUUUGAAAUCCCUUUUAAUUCAGAAAACAAAUGGGCACUCACAAUUCAUAAAAAAAAACAUGAUAAUGGUUAUUUAACCUUAUAUAUCAAGGGUGCACCUGAGCGCGUUCUCAAACUUUGUUCCACUAUUUUAACUGAAUUAGGAAUAACUCCUUUAACUUCCGACCACAAACAAAGUUAUGACGAAACAUAUGAAUUUAUGGCUUCAAAGGGACAUCGUGUGCUGGCCUUUGCUCAACUAUUGUUACCUGGUGAUGAAUAUCCCGAAGAUUAUGAAUUUAUUAAAGAAGAUAAGAAUUAUCCACUAAAUGAUUUAUGUUUUGUCGGAUUGGUUUCCCUUGAAGAUCCUCCAAAGCACGGUGUUCGAGAGGCUAUUGGUCAGUGUCGCACCGCCGGUAUUCGUGUUAUGAUGGUAACAGGGGAUCAUCCAUUAACUGCUGAAGCUAUAGCGCGUAAGAUAAAUUUGAUGCUUAAAGAUACCAAAGCUCUUGUUGCCAAAAGAACAGGUCGUCCUAUUGAAAGUAUUACAGAUGAUGAAUAUAAUGCAAUUGUUAUUCAUGGUGAACAAAUUGAUUCUUUAAGUGAUGCAGAGUGGGAUAAUAUAUUUUCUAAAGAUGAAAUUAUUUUUGCCCGUACAUCUCCCCGUCAUAAACUUGAAAUCGUAAAACGAGCGCAAUCAAUGGGUCAUAUUGUUGGAGUUACUGGUGAUGGUGUUAACGAUUCACCAGCUUUGAAGAAGGCGGAUUUAGGUAUUGCGAUGAAUAAAUCAGGAUCAGAUGUAUCCAAGGAGGCAGCUGCCAUGAUUUUGUUAGACGAUAAUUUUGCUUCAACGGUAAAAGGAAUAGAAGAAGGACGUCUCAUUUUCACUAAUCUCAAGAAAUCAAUCCAAUACACUAUUUCACAUACAUCUCCAGAAGUUAUAGUCUCUCUACUUUUUGUUAUUGUUCCUAUUCCAUUACCUUUAACUCCAAUCCUUGUUUUGUUGGUGGAUUUGGGUUUUGAACUAUUCAUUGCAUUGACAUUUGCUUGGGAUAAGCCGGAAAGUAAAAGUGAUCUCAUGAGAUUACCACCCCGAAAGCCUGUAACUCCAGCUUCAAUUCAAAAGACCCGUCUUCGUGCACUUCGCCGCACCCCAUCUAUUACCGAUCCUGAAAGUGGUCAGCCGGUAACUUCUUCUAAAAUAUCUCAAAUUUUCAGAAACCUAAGCAAACCAUUUACUCGUACGUGGUGGUCAGAAUUGUUUGAAGGUUCUAAUGGAGAAGUGUUGGUCGAUGGUAAUAUAUUGAGUUGGGCUUACUUGGAAAUUGGUACUAUAGAGGCUAUUGGCUGUAUUACUGCAUAUUUUGUUGUUCUUUAUCAACAUGGAAUUACACCAUAUGAUGCGCGAUAUAUGCAACAAAUGUCACCCCAAAAUAAUUACUUCUCCAACAACGCUCAAACUUAUACAACUAGCAUUGGAUAUGAAUUAGAUGCUGGAAAACAAAUAGAAGCACUAGCACAAGCUGUAUCUAUAUGUUAUCUCUCAAUUUUGAUUCAGCAAAUGUUUAAUUUAUUCGCGUGCAAAGCCCGUUAUCGUCUUCCAUUUGGCAAAUUCAUGUUCUCAAACCCCCGUAACUUUAUGGGCUUAUUUCUUGGUUUUGCUUUAACCAUGCUUAUCGUUUAUAUACCACCGUUGAACAUUGCAUUUGGAACUAGUUAUCGUUUAAGCCCUCUAUAUUGGUUAAUUCCUAUCGCUUUUGGUGUGUUCAUCUUAUUAUACGUUUCUGCUCGAACAGCAAUUAAAAGAAAAGCUCGCCCAGUCCAUAUGAAUGCAGAAAUACCAGAAUUAAAGAUGUAUCCAACCAUAAUGUCAGUAGAAAAAAAG